AUGCUCCUCGCCUACCUCUACCGCCUCCAUGGGGUGGAAGGGGGGCUGAUGGGGUCGUUUCUCGCCACGCAAAUACGGGCGAUCGGGGGGCUUUGCGAGGUUCUUUCUUCCACCACAACCGGGGAGGAGUUGCCCGUGCGGCGGGCGCUUGCGGGGGUGGCCGCCGCGCUCACGGCUCUCCGCACCUGUGGGGGGAAACUGCUGAAGGAGGCGCCGCAGGAGGUGGAGCGGGCGGUGCGGGAGGGGAAAAACGGCCUCGCGCGGCUGAAAGAGGCCUCCCCUGCUUUCAGCCUCGUUCGCUUUGGGGUUCUUCUCGAGGCGAUGGGGGAGAUCGCGGCGGGGCGGCUGCGAAAAGGUCGGCGAUCCGUCACCGAAGCGGAGGCUCCUGUGGAGGCGAUGCUUGACGACCUCUGCGAGAUUCUCGUGCAGGCCUCUUCGUCGUCGUCUUCUACUGGAGGGGCUUUUGCGAAGCGCACGCAGCGGCGUAUUAUUGAAACCGCGUGCACGCUGAGCGGGGUGUCGUGGGAGUUCUUGCUGAGGUCGGAUAAGCCGCCGAGGUGGUACGCCACUGCGGCAUCACCGCCUUCCGACGACGAGGACGUGGAAAAAGGGAAGGGGGGGUCGCGGGAGAAUUCCCCGAGCAGCGCCUCUUCUACAUCGUCUGAGGAAGGGGAGUGGGAGCGGAAGCAGGCCUCUAUUCGCAAGCUGCGGCACGAAGAGAAGGCCAUCGCAGGGCAGCGCUUUAAUACCGAGCAUAAGCGAGAAAUCUUCAAGGCCGUCGCCUCCGCCACCGAUGAUCUCGAGUGUUUCAACCUCCUUAUGCACCGCGAUCCGAGCUAUAGCCGCUUUCAUGACGUAUGCGUCAUUCUAAUCCAAUGCUGCUGUCAGGAGACAAAAUACAACCCUUACUACGCCAGCGUGCUGGAGCGUUUUUGUAAUUCCAAGAGUGCCUGCCAGCGGAAGUUGCAGUUCGCCCUGUGGGAUCGCUUCAAGGGCAUUCGCAUUGAACCGGUGGAUGUGGCGACCUAUCUCAACCUCGCUUGUUUUGUUACCACUCUUCUGGAGCACGGCGUUUUCACGUUAAGCGUGCUGCGGGGGCUGGAUCUCGAAAACACGAAUAAAACGAUCGGCUUGUUCACGAGGGUGCUGCUUCUUCGCAUGUUGGUGCAGCUGCCGCCUAAGCGGCUGACGGAGUUGUUCUUCGGCGGUGAUGGGUUUCGCGUGCACGAUUUGAACACCGACACGGCGACGUUCCGAGAAUCCUUGAGGAAGUUCAUGGAGCGGUACUUUGUGGACGAGGCUAUGAUGAACAGGUGGACGCCGGCAUUUUACGAUGUCGUCGCCGCAGGAACUUCGCUAGACGUGCACCCGGUUUCGAAAACCCCGAUGCAGGACGAGCGGGUGGGUGUCAGCCAACCGGGAAACAAAUCACAAGAUUUGGAAUCAGUUGACACCACCCAAAAGUUGCGGGAGUUCACGAAACGUAUUCGUGUUGCGUACAAGGCGUUGAAGCAUGGGAUUUCCUAA